ACAGGUGUGUGAGUGUGAUGGACCUGCGGCAUUUAGUCUGCUGCGCGGCGGUGUUUGCCUUACUUUCAGGUGUUCACGGAGGCUGCGGCAGAAAUCAGUGGCAGUGUGAUGAUGGAGUGUGUGUGUCACACAGAUGGCGCUGUGACGGUGUCAGUGACUGCCAGGAUGGAUCUGAUGAGAUGGACUGCGUGUGUCAGCUUGGAGAUUCGGAGUGUGCGGAUGGCUCCAGGUGCGUGAUGGGGUCAAGGGUUUGUGACGGCCAGCCCCAGUGUCCCGACGCUUCAGAUGAGUGGGACUGUGGAAGGCGUUUAGGGUGUCUGUCAGGUGACUGGAAGUGCAAAAACGGCAUUUGCAUCCCACGAGAACUUCUCUGCAAUGACGUCAACGACUGCGGUGACAACUCCGAUGAAGAAACCUGUGAUUCUUGUGGGAAGAUGGGCAUCCGCUGUCCUGAUGGCACAUGUUUAACCCCGAGACAGAGGUGUGAUGGAGUUGCUCAGUGCUCAGAUAAGAGAGAUGAACCUCUUACAUGUGGUAAAAGUUGUCAUAAUGGGAAUGGUGGCUGUAGUCAUACUUGCGUUGACCAGUUUUGGGGAGCUUUGUGCUCUUGUCCCGCUGGGAUGACCCUUUCUGCAAAUGGACUUGAUUGUGAAGAUUUCAAUGAAUGUUCCCAGUCUUUGGGUCCUUGCAUGCACUUGUGCACAAAUACACCCGGGUCUUUUCGUUGUCGGUGCCAGAGUGGUUUUAAACCUCUCGGCAACGGCUCCUGUGAGGCUCAAGGAGCCGUGACAAAGAUAUUGACCCUCAGGAAGGGACAGAUUGGGUUCGUAAAUGUGAAGACGAGAGUCUAUGAGCCGCUUUUUGUAAGUGAGAGCGACCCUAUAUCCAUGACCUACGAUAUCCAAAGAAACCUAAUUUACUGGGCUGAUAAAGAUGGGAAUAUCUACAAGGCUCUGAACCGGAAGAGCAUGAUUCUUUAUUCAGGGCAGUCUGGUUUGCACAGUCUAGCCAUUGACUGGCUUACAGGGCAACUGUACUGGACAAGUUUUACCCAGAAAGCCAUCUACACUGGUGCAGCUGACGGCAGUGCUGUAGGCAAGGUCAUGUCCAAAGAAAUCGACCCGAGAGAUAUGGUCCUCAACCCAAUUGAGAGUUUCAUAUUUUGGAUUAAUAAAGGAACGAAUGACGAGCUAACCAUUGAGAGGAUGGAAAUGGACGGUUUGAAUCGGACUACACUGGUUUUCAUAAGUGCACAGCUGCCGAGGAGUCUUACAUUUGAUGUGGCAGCUCGUCGGCUGUAUUGGAUCAGUGUUUACAAAGCGUCAAUUGAGAGCAUCAGGACAGACGGCACUGGACGGCAUACCUUCUGGGAUUUCUUUCAAGGUCGUCCUGCUCAGACCCUGGCCGUGUUUAAUGGCUGGUUUUAUUUGGCGGAUGAGAAAAAACUCUGGCAGGCACCUCAAAAUAUGCCUUCCGCCACACUAAAUGGCUUCAUCUUAAAAGCCUCGCUUCCAUUCUUGAACAUCUACCAUGUGCUCCAGCAACCCCAAGGUUUUGCACCAUGUAAGGACUCGGGCUGCCAGCUGUGUUUGCCCUCCAAGAAAAGCUCUGUUGGGUUCACCUGUCUGUGUCCUGAGGGAGCGUUGGCCAUGUCUUGGGGAUCCUGUGAAAUUUUUAAGGUCGCCUAUGCAACAGCCACAGCCAUAUACAGUUUGGAGUUUGCAGGAAAGACUCCUGUGAAAACUGAACUCUUUACUUCAGAUGAAGACAUCCAGUCCUUUGACAUGUACUGGCGGAGAGGAUGUGUGGUUUGGUCUAACGGCACGGGCCAUGUGAAGACUACCGUACAGGCUCGGGAUUUGUCUGAGUACAUCCUGACUUUAAAACCUGCCUGCAUUGUCAGAGUUGACCAGAGGACUGGGAAUCUGUAUUGGCUGGCCUGUGAUGAGCUUUCCAUUGGCGUUUCUACCAUUGGCCGCCUUGACCAGAGUAUCUCCAGACAGCUGUAUCAAGCCAGAACUGCAAUCCAAGACCUUUUUGUGGACUGGCAGAGAGGAAAGCUCUACUGGCUGGAGGGAGGUCAGGUCAUGAGAAUGAAGCUGGGUCUGAUUGGUGGUAAUGCCGAAGCUAUCUACAGCUUUGAGGAUGGAGUCGACCAUAUUGUGUUUGAUCAUAAAGCAAAUGGCUUUCUUUGGAAUGUGGAGUUUUACUUGCAAGUUAUGAGUCUACUGAAGAUGAGGAAGUAUUCUGCUGGUAAAGACUGGGUGGUUCCUGGUUCCAUCAUGGCUGCUUAUGAACCCUACAUGGUGACCUUGUUCAAUAACAUCUUGACAGUGUGGAAUCGUAAAGAUGGAGCUCGCGUCUCUGGCGUGGCGGUAGAGAAUGGAGUUGUUAGCUUAUCUGUUGCCCUCAGGGAAGUCCAACAAGAUAAAGCAGCCGAAGAGGUACGUCCCACUGGGGUGACUUGCAAAAGUCCUCUAGUCAUUUGUCAAGGAUCAACCGUGUGUAUCAGUCGAUCUCAGCGGUGUGAUGGGAAGAGAGACUGUCCGGAUGGAUCUGAUGAAACAUCAUGUUUGCACAUGUGUGCAAAGCCAGAUGACUUCCUGUGUAGGGAUGGAAGCAAGUGUGUGGAGAGGGAUCUGGUGUGUGACGGCCGCUCUCACUGCAUUGAUGGGUCAGAUGAGAUGGGAUGUCCCACCGAGGCUCCAGCACCAUUCAGGUGUCGUAUUGGCUCUAAACCCUGUAAGGACGGACUCGAGUGUGUGCUGCACAGUCAUGUGUGUGAUGGAGAGAUGGACUGUAAAGAUGGAUCUGAUGAACACGACUGUGAAUAUCAGUGUAAAGCAGAUCAGUUCCAGUGCGCUCACGGCAGGAUGUGUAUCGACAGAAAGCAGGUGUGUGACGGCACACCUCAGUGUCAGGAUCGCUCUGAUGAACUGGACUGUUUCGGUCACUCACACGAAUGCAGGCAUCAGUGUGAUAAUAAAACUCGCUGCAUCCCGGAGAGCUUCCUUUGUGACGGAGAGAAAGACUGUGUGGACGCCACUGAUGAAGCCAACUGCUCUGAGAUCAAAAGAGGCGAUUUAAAUUUGGUGACGCUGACCAAAGGUAACAAGAAAGAAGACUUGCAACCUCCGCCUCCAGUCUGUAGAAGUCCAUCCAUGAUGUGUCCAGGAACAUCUUUGUGCGUUUCCCAGAAUCGAUUGUGUGACGGCAAGAUAGAUUGUCCAGAUGGUUCUGAUGAAGUUUCGUGUGUACAUGCUUGUUCAAAACCUAGUGACUUCCUGUGUAAGGACAGAAGGAAGUGUAUUGAUGGGAAUCUGGUGUGUGACGGCCGCUCUCACUGCCUUGACAACUCUGAUGAGAUGGCUUGUUACAUGACGGCUAGAAAUUCAAAACCAGGACCAUUAAAGUGUCGUAUUGGCUCUAAACCCUGUAAAGAUGGACGUGAGUGUGUGCUGCAGAGUCAUGUGUGUGAUGGAGAGAAGGAUUGUAAAGAUGGAUCUGAUGAACGCAACUGUCAAUAUAAGUGUAAAGCAGAUCAGUUCCAGUGCGCUCACGGCAGGAUGUGUAUAGACAGAAAGCAGGUGUGUGACGGCACACCUCAGUGUCAGGAUCGCUCUGAUGAACUGGACUGUUUCAGUCGCUCACAUGAAUGCAGGCAUCAGUGUGAUAAUAAAACUCGCUGCAUCCCAGAGAGCUUCCUUUGUGACGGAGAGAAAGACUGUGUGGACGCCACUGAUGAAGCUAACUGCUUGAAUAUUAACAAAGGGGAAGUGAACAUGGUGCCGGUGAAAAAACCAAGCUCUGGUUUUGCACCGUCUCAGCCUCCGGUCUGUAGAAGUCCAUCCACGAUGUGUCCAGGAGCAUCAUUGUGCAUUUCUCAGACUCAGCUUUGUGACGGCAGGAGAGAUUGUCCUGAUGGUUCUGAUGAGGCCUCAUGCAUUGACGCUUGUGCAAAACCUGGUGACUUCCUGUGUAAGGACAGGAGGAAGUGUGUGGAGAGGGAUCUGGUGUGUGACGGCCGCUCUCACUGCAUUGAUGGGUCGGAUGAGAUGGGAUGUCCCACCGAGGCUCCAGCACCAUUCAGGUGUCGUAUUGGCUCUAAACCCUGUAAGGACGGACUCGAGUGUGUGCUGCACAGUCAUGUGUGUGAUGGAGAGAUGGACUGUAAAGACGGAUCUGAUGAACACGACUGUGAAUAUCAGUGUAAAGCAGAUCAGUUCCAGUGCGCUCACGGCAGGAUGUGUAUAGACAGAAAGCAGGUGUGUGACGGCACACCUCAGUGUCAGGAUCGCUCUGAUGAACUGGACUGUUUCGGUCACUCACACGAAUGCAGGCAUCAGUGUGAUAAUAAAACUCGCUGCAUCCCGGAGAGCUUCCUUUGUGACGGAGAGAGAGACUGUGUGGACGCCACUGAUGAAGCCAACUGCUCUGAGAUCAAAAGAGGCGAUUUAAAUUUGGUGACGCUGACCAAAGGUAACAAGAAAGAAGACUUGCAACCUCCGCCUCCAGUCUGUAGAAGUCCAUCCAUGAUGUGUCCAGGAACAUCUUUGUGCGUUUCCCAGAAUCGAUUGUGUGACGGCAAGAUAGAUUGUCCAGAUGGUUCUGAUGAAGUUUCGUGUGUACAUGCUUGUUCAAAACCUAGUGACUUCCUGUGUAAGGACAGAAGGAAGUGUAUUGAUGGGAAUCUGGUGUGUGACGGCCGCUCUCACUGCCUUGACAACUCUGAUGAGAUGGCUUGUUACAUGACGGCUAGAAAUUCAAAACCAGGACCAUUAAAGUGUCGUAUUGGCUCUAAACCCUGUAAAGAUGGAACUGAGUGUGUGCUGCAGAGUCAUGUGUGUGAUGGAGAGAAGGAUUGUAAAGAUGGAUCUGAUGAACGCAACUGUCAAUAUAAGUGUAAAGCAGAUCAGUUCCAGUGCGCUCACGGCAGGAUGUGUAUCGACAGAAAGCAGGUGUGUGACGGCACACCUCAGUGUCAGGAUCGCUCUGAUGAACUGGACUGUUUCAGUCGCUCACAUGAAUGCAGGCAUCAGUGUGAUAAUAAAACUCGCUGCAUCCCAGAGAGCUUCCUUUGUGACGGAGAGAAAGACUGUGUGGACGCCACUGAUGAAGCUAACUGCUCUGAGAUUAAAAAAGGGGAUAUAAAUUUUGUGACGCUGAACAAAGGCAACAAGAAAGAAGACUUGCAACCUCCGCCUCCAGUCUGUAGAAGUCCAUCCAUGAUGUGUCCAGGAACAUCUUUGUGCAUUUCCCAGAAUCGAUUGUGUGACGGCAAGAUAGAUUGUCCAGAUGGUUCUGAUGAAGUUUCAUGUGUAGAUACUUGUUCAAAACCUGGUGACUUCCUGUGUAAGGACAGAAGGAAGUGUAUUGAUGGGAAUCUGGUGUGUGACGGCCGCUCUCACUGCCUUGACAACUCUGAUGAGAUGGCUUGUUACAUGACGGCUAGAAAUUCAAAACCAGGACCAUUAAAGUGUCGUAUUGGCUCUAAACCCUGUAAAGAUGGAACUGAGUGUGUGCUGCAGAGUCAUGUGUGUGAUGGAGAGAUGGAUUGUAAAGAUGGAUCUGAUGAACACGACUGUGAUAGUCAGUGCCAAACUGGGCAGUUCCAGUGUACUUCUGGUGGGAGAUGUAUUGACAUGAAUCAGGUAUGCGAUGGCACUCCACAGUGCCUGGAUAAGUCUGAUGAAGCAGAAUGCUGGAAACCCUCAAGGAGCUGCAGCAUGCGCUGUGACUUUGGCGCUCACUGUAUUCCUGAAGUCUUCAUCUGCAAUGGGAUUAGGGACUGUCUAGAUGGCACUGAUGAAGCUAGCUGUGCUCUUUCCAAACCAGCUCAGACGAGCUGCAAGAGUCCCUCUGUACGGUGUCCGGGAACCUCAGUAUGUGUGUCUCAGGCUCAGAUGUGUGAUGGCAGAAGAGACUGUCCAGAUGGAUCUGAUGAAGCUUCUUGUAUAGAUGCAUGUGCUGCACCAGGUGACUUUCUGUGUGAGGACAGGAGGAAGUGUAUUGAGAAAGCUCUAGUCUGUGAUGGGCGCUCCCACUGCCUUGAUGGUUCUGAUGAGGUGGGAUGUUCAACCGUAGCAGCUAGAACCACAACCACUGCACCCUUCAAAUGUCGUGUGGGCACUAAACCCUGUAAGGAUGGACGUGAGUGUGUGCUGUACAGUCAUAUUUGUGAUGGAGAGAUGGACUGUAAGGACGGAUCUGAUGAAGAACAAUGUGAACUUCAAUGCAAUCCAGGGAUGUUUCAGUGUAUUCAGGGGAAGAAGUGUAUUGACUUCCGGCAGGUGUGUGAUGGGACUCCUCAGUGUCCAGAUCACUCAGAUGAAGCAGGCUGCUGGAAGCCCACCAAGAGCUGCAGCAUCCGCUGCGACGGGAACAGCCGCUGUAUCCCAGAGGUGUUCGUCUGUAAUGGUAUGAGGGACUGCUGGGAUGGCUCGGAUGAGGCAGACUGUGCUAUGCCCACUCCACCAUCUCCUUGUAAAAGCCCUUACGUGGCUUGUCAAGGGACGUCGCUAUGCAUCCUGCAGCAAUACCUCUGCGACGGGAGAAGAGACUGUCCUGAUGGCUCUGAUGAGAGACCGUGUCUUCGUAACUGCCCAUAUCGCAGUGAUUUCAUGUGUAAAGACAGGACAAAGUGUAUUAAGAGGGAUCUGGUGUGUGAUGGUCGUUCUCAAUGUCUUGACCGCUCGGAUGAGAUGGGAUGUCCCACUGCAGCACCCAAAACCUCAACCACACUGCUGCUAAAGUGCCGCGUGGGCUCUAAACCCUGCAAGGACGGCUUCGAGUGCGUGCUGUAUAGUCAUGUUUGUGACGGAGAGAUGGACUGUAAAGAUGGAUCUGACGAAGCUGACUGCGCUUUUAACUGUAAAGCAGGGGAAUUUCAGUGUGCCCAUGGGAGAAAAUGCAUAGACUUGAAACUAGUGUGCGAUGGCAAACCACAAUGUCAGGAUUUUUCUGAUGAGCGAGACUGCUUCGUUCGCAGCAAGAGCUGCAGCCAUCGCUGUGACAACAAAACCCGCUGCAUACCUGAGAACUUCCUGUGCGAUGGAGAGAAAGACUGCGUGGACGGCACCGAUGAGUCUGACUGCGGUUACCCCACAAAGGUGGUGAAGUGCGAGAGCCCUGCUGUGUUGUGUCGUGACGGCUCUCUGUGCAUCCCUCACACCAAGCUCUGUGAUGGCAAGAGAGACUGUCCUGAUGGAUAUGAUGAAACGUUUUGCUUUGACAGAUGUCCAAAUAUAGGUGACUUCCUGUGUAAGGACAGGAGGAAGUGUGUGGAGAGGGAUCUGGUGUGUGACGGCCGCUCUCACUGCAUUGAUGGGUCGGAUGAGAUGGGAUGUCCCACCGAGGCUCCAGCACCAUUCAGGUGUCGUAUUGGCUCUAAACCCUGUAAGGAUGGACUCGAGUGUGUGCUGCACAGUCAUGUGUGUGAUGGAGAGAUGGACUGUAAAGAUGGAUCUGAUGAACACGACUGUGAAUAUCAGUGUAAAGCAGAUCAGUUCCAGUGCGCUCACGGCAGGAUGUGUAUCGACAGAAAGCAGGUGUGUGACGGCACACCUCAGUGUCAGGAUCGCUCUGAUGAACUGGACUGUUUCGGUCACUCACACGAAUGCAGGCAUCAGUGUGAUAAUAAAACUCGCUGCAUCCCAGAGAGCUUCCUUUGUGACGGAGAGAGAGACUGUGUGGACGCCACUGAUGAAGCCAACUGCUCUCCUAUUGCUAUCCCGUCCACCACAGACCAGCCCGUCUGCUUUACCCCUUCUGUAUAUUGUCAUGAAACCUCGAAAUGCAUCUCACAGUCCCAGGUGUGUGAUGGAAAGACGGACUGUCCCAGUGGAGCCGAUGAGCAGUUUUGCAUAGAUUCAUGUCCAGAUCCAGGCCAGUUUCUGUGCAAGGACAGACGGAUGUGCAUUAGGAGAUCCCUGGUGUGUGAUGGUCAGCCACACUGUGCUGACGGCUCUGAUGAGAAACAGUGCCCCACCUGUGCUUUAUUUUGUGACCAGAAGAGGGUGUGCCUGACUAGCCAGCAGCUCUGUGAUGGGAAACCAGACUGCAGAGACGCUUCGGAUGAGAAAAACUGCUACACCGGUCGAGUGGUUUCAAGUACUUCAUUGCCUUUGAAAUGUCCCUUGGCAUCCAAACCUUGUAGAGAUGGGAAAGAGUGUGUCCUGUACAGCCAUGUGUGCGAUGGGGAGAAAGAUUGCAAAGAUGGGUCUGAUGAGAGGAACUGUGAACGUAAAUGUAGAAAAGACCAGUUCCAGUGCGCUCACGGCAGGAAGUGUAUAGACAUGAAGCUUGUGUGUGACGGCACACCUCAGUGUCAGGACCGAUCAGAUGAAAUCAACUGCAUGAAGCUCUCAGCGGAGUGCAGGCACCAGUGUGACAACAAAACCCGCUGCAUUCCCGAGACUUUCCUCUGUGACGGAGAGAGAGACUGCGCGGAUGGCACUGAUGAAGCCAACUGUGUUGCAGAGGCCUGUUCCAGCGAGCGCUUCCGGUGCAGUAACGGUCAGUGUGUGGCGCUGGCCCUCCGCUGUGAUGGGUUCGCUGACUGCCGUGAUCACUCGGAUGAGAAGGGCUGUCCUCAGCCUCCACACUGUCCCGUGGAGCAGCGCUGCCCUCACACCCACGAGUGUCUGCUGAAAGAGUGGCUCUGUGACGGAGACCAGGACUGCAAGGAUGGGUCUGAUGAGAGGAACUGCAAGUUGAUCCCGCUGAGGUGUGGGAAGUUUCAAUGGCCGUGUGCAUCUAAAACUCAGUGCAUCGCAGUGACGUGGAGGUGUGACGGCGUAAAGGACUGCAAAGAUGAGAGCGACGAAUCUGGAUGUGGUCAAGUGAAAUGCCCGACACACUUGUUCCAGUGUGGAAGCGGGGAGUGCGUGGACCCAGGUCUGGUGUGUAACAGGGCGUCUGAGUGUGCCGACGGUUCUGACGAGGGUCAGGGGUGUCUGAAGAACAACUGCUCCAGUCGCAGUCGCCCUUCAUGCCAGCACUACUGCAUCAACACUCCACACGGACCGAGAUGCGGCUGUCAGAUUGGAUUCAGGCUUCAGUCUGACGGUUUAACCUGUAACGACAUAGAUGAAUGUAAAGAGAUUCAGCCCGCUGCAUGCAGUCAUAAAUGCCUCAACACGCUGGGCUCUUACCUGUGUCAGUGCCACCCUGAAUUUAUACUGGAACCAGACGGCGCAGCUGCAAGACAGCAGGUAUCGGAACCUAGUCUUUUGAUCUCCGAACAGUAUGAGCUGUUUAAUUUGGGUCUGCGAAGCUCCAGUAUUCAAGCUCUCAUCACACCAGGACGGAAGGCCAUCUUCUCUCUGGACUAUGACCGAAGAGAGCAGAGGGUGUACUGGGUCAGUCUGGAGGAGGAGAGUAUCAAAUAUGCCUUCCACGGAAUAAAGGACAACAUUGAAACUAUCGUCAAAGGUGUGAAGUCUGACUCCAUUGCUGUUGACUGGAUGGGAAGGAACCUUUACUGGGUGGAUGGUGUUGCCGGGCAGAUUCUAGCUGUGAGAUUGACCAGCAGUAUUGUUAAGGCUCAAAACUACAUAAUAGUCGUGGAUAAGGAUUUACAUCAGCCUCGUUCGCUUGUGCUGCUGCCUCAGAAGGGGAUAAUGUUCUGGUCUGAGAUCGGAGGUCAGGCACAGAUCAAGCGCUCUGGCAUGGACGGCUCAGACAGGAAGGUGGUGGUCAGCCGCGGUCUCGAGCAGCCUGUCAGUGUGACUGUGGACAUUCUGACCGACAGACUAUACUGGACUGACCAGAAGCUCAGGUGUAUAGGCUCAGCCACGCUGGAUGGAGAGAACAUAAGGUUCCUACAGCUGUCCGAGAUGCCCAGUGUCUUCUCUGUGGCUGUGUUUAAUGACGUGGUCUACUGGUCCGACACUCACAGAAGAGCCGUUCAAGGUGCCAAUAAACUGACUGGAAAGAACCGCAAAGUACUUCUGAAGAGACCCGGACAACCAUUCGACCUCAAAGUUGCCCACCCUCUCUUGCAGCCCAACAUGUCUGGUCCAUGCGAGGAUCUCAGGUGCUCUCACGUGUGUUUGCUGGCUCCGGGGCCCAAAGCGGUCUGUCGCUGCCCGGCAGGUCUUCUCUUAGCUGUGGACGGGUUCACCUGCACCGGGUCCAUGGAUGAUUCAUCCUCUUUCCUCAUGCUGCUGUCUCCUACCAGGAUUACACAGAUCUUAGUGAAGACUCUUCAGGCAGAGGUCGGUCUGAAGAGGUGGCCUGAGCACCAUGCUUUGGCUCUGCCUGCCGUGAACGAAGCUUCAGACUUCGAUCUGCUCCUGAAGGACCGCACCAUCUCCGUAGCUGACGCCGGACGCGGGUCUGUAGCUCAGCUCAAACUGGGCAGUUCUGGUUUCACGCCCCUCGGUCACGUGCUUCAGCUCAAAGGGGACCUGGUGACCGCUCUGGCUCUGGACUGGGUCACACACAACCUGUACUGGAGCAGCGCUAAGAGCCCCCAGCUGUACGUCACGUCCCCCGGAGGGAAGUACACCAGUCUGGUGCUGCAGGCCGAGCUGGAGGGAACCAUCUCCAUCGCCCUGCACCCUCCCUCGGGCCGGCUGUGCUUCACCGCGGUGGGACGGAGAGCGGCCCAGUCUCUUCCUCAGGUGGACUGUGCUCACAUGGACGGAAACAACCGCACGCUGCUGUGGAGCAAAACAAAGAUGCCUGCUUCUCUUGCCUUCUCUAAAGGAACAGCACUGUAUUGGGCAGAUAUUGGGAAUGGUGUGAUUAGCUCCAUUAAUAUCGAUGGCUCUAAUUAUAAGGAGUACAGCACCGGAGCUGCCUUCAUUGUGUCUUUUGCUCGUGUUGAGAACAUCUACUUCUGGAUCACUCUGGACAACGGUACAACUAAUUUAUGGUAUUCGGAUGGUUUCCAGCCCAAACUGAAGUGGUUUGAGGUAAAGGCAAACGUCAUAGAGCUGAAGGCUUACAGCAGCUCCAGCCAGAAAGGCACCAACGUCUGUUCAGAAAACAAUGGGGGCUGCAGUCACCUGUGUCUGCCGUAUCCAGGUGGACGCUCGUGUCGCUGUGCGCAGGACUACCUCUCUGUGAACAAAACCAAAUGCGUUUCCAACGUCGAUUGUCCCCGGGGCAGUAAAGCGUGCAGAGAUGGCCUCAAGUGCAUCCCUGCAGCCAAGUUCUGCGACCAGAUCCCAGACUGCCCGGACGGCUCGGAUGAGGAAUGUGGAAGUGUGAAGAUCAAACCAGGUGUCAAAUCCCAAUCCGCCCAGUCGUCGUCAGACCGCCUGCCUGCUCUGGGCUCCGCCGUCGACAGCGAGUCGUGUGAGACGAAGCGCUGCGGCGUUCACGGGACGUGUGUGAGCGUGGAGGCUGAGCCGGUGUGUGUGUGCGAGGAAGGAUACAGCGGGGAUCUCUGUGAGAACUCCUCCUCCAGCAGCACCGCGCUCGCCCUCACGCUCACCUUUCUCUUCGGAGGUGCUCUGAUGGCCGCCGUCAUCCUCAAGAGAAGGUUCAUCAUUUCUGAAAUACACAAAAGGGCACAAGCAGCGAGGGAAGAGGCCACCGAAAAAGAAAUACUCGUGACUGAUGUGGAAGAACACACAACCUUCUCUCAAAACUUUGCUAAUGAGUUGUACGAUCCUGAAGAGGUUCAGAUCACGCCAGCCGUUACCACCCCUGUUGACAGCUAAUGUUUUUUUUUGUUUGUGUUUUUAUCUAAUAAUAAAUAUAUAUUUGCAAGAAA